AUGGCGCUUACGUUGGCGCUGCGCGGCGCGUCGUGCGACGCGCGCGCGACGUCGUCGCGCAAACUGCUGCGACGCGAACCCGCCGGCGCGUCCAGGCCGGUCCAUCGCGAACACCUGUCGUCUGGGGUGUCCAAGGAGCUCGUGCAAAGAGUCGCGCGCCGGGACGGCGGCGUCGCGGUGACGUUUGCGAACGAAGGCAUGUACGACUUCGUGGUGAACUGGUGCGAACACAUGGACGAAAUCGGGAUUACGAAUUAUUUAGUCGGGGCGAUGGAUGAGAGCUUAUACGGUCGGUUGCGAAAGAUUGGCGUCAACGCGUGGUUGAUGGGAUCGAAAAAUAUCGACGACGACGAAGUGAAGAAGGAUUUCGGUUGGGGGACGAGGACGUUUCAUAAGAUGGGACGGGAUAAGAUUCGUUUAGUGCACGAGCUGACGAAGACUGGGUUUGAUGUCAUCGUCACGGACGUAGAUGCGGUGUGGUUACGCGACCCAUUUCCGUUUUUGAGGCGAUAUCCCAAAGCGGAUGCGUUGGUGAGCAUCGAUAAUUUGCGCAAUCAUACCUCGGUCGUGGCGACGCAAGCGAAUCACGCGGUCGAUGGGGAAGGCUUAGAGCACAGCGCGUGCGGUGGGAACAAAAACAUCGGUAUUAUGUGGUUUCGCUCGACCGAAGGCAGUCAGUCGUUCACGCAAGAGUGGUUGAACAAGCUCGAGUCAAAUGACAAAGAUUGGGAUCAAGUCGUGUUUAACAAGUUGGUCGAGCAGGGCGGGUGCGAAACGGCGCGCGACGGGAGCGGUGUCGCCCCGGCGUAUGGUGGCGGGCUCAUGCUAGGAAUCUUGCCGGUGGCGUUCUUUGCGAACGGUUACACAUAUUUCACCGAACGUCUUCACGAAAUGUUCGGCUUGAAACCGUACGCUGUGCACACGACGUUUGGUUACGCAGGCACGGUUGGGAAGCGACAUCGCCUGCGAGAGGCGAACCAGUGGUACGGCGAUAAAUACGAACCGACUUAUUUUCAAGGGAAAUUCAUGUCGUACACGCCGCGGCUGCUCAAAGAUGUCGAUUACGCCGAAUUCGACGUUGUGUUGGAGCACAUGCGAUUCGUCAAUCAUCAACUCGCGCAAUUGUACGAAGCUGCGGUCGUCGCGAAGCAUCUUGGACGUGCGUUGAUUUUACCGCCAUUUGCGUGCGGGUUAGAUCGCGUUUGGUUCCCUCACAAAGGGCGAUAUCCCGGUGCUUUGCUCAAGCUUCCAUUCGUGUGCCCUGCGGAUCACGUGCUCAAGAUUGAAGAGUUGCACGAAUUCGCGCAAGACUAUCGCGAAUUUUCGUUUUUAGGGCAUCCUUACAUGCCGCGU